AUGUUAAGAAAAGAACUUGAGAAAAACCUAAAAGAUAUCAAGGAGGAUGUAAAUUAGGAGAUACCAAAAUAUCUUGAGGAGGGAAUAAUUCUUAAUUAAGUAAGUAAAAGAAUGACAUUAUUUAAUAGAUGAAUAGGAAGGUUUAGAAUGAAUUAUAAAAAGAGUUUAAUAUUUAAUAGGAUUUUGAGUUGAAUUUUAGAUCUAUAUUUUUAGAAUUCAUUUUCAAUUUACAAAAACAGAAAAUGAUUUAAAAACAGAUAUUCAAUCCACCUAAAUCGAUUAGUGAUUUAUUUUUAGGAAGUUAUUUUUAUUUAGAAGAUGUGCCAAAGAUCAAUAGACAUCCUAUUUUAAAGUAAAUAAUCGAUCAUAUAAAUAUGCGUAUUAAUAAUUACUUUCAACAUCAUAUAUCAACAUUGCAUUAAUUGAUUAAUUAACAAAAUUUGAUUGAUUCUUAAAGUACACGAUCAUCACAAAUUGAUAUUGAAAUUGAUUCUAAUCAAAGAAUUCCUGAAGAAUAAUAAUAGAAAUAGUAAAAAUAAGAAUUUGAAUUGAUUGAUCUAGCUAAAUUUAAAAAUCCUACAGAAGAACAAUUAAAUUGUCCUUAUUGUGUUUGCAAGAAAAUUAAUUAAAUAGCAUAAAAACCAUUAGCUUUUAGAUGUGCUAUUUGUAAGAAUUAUUUUCAUAGUUCAUGUUUACGAAUUGAGAAACCUAAAAAGGUAUUUGUAUGUCCAGAAUGUAUAAUAAUUGGUAUGGAUCCAUUACAUGAAUUAUAAGAAUCAAUUUUAGACCCAAUAAUAUUUUAAUCAUUAGAAGGGAGGGCUAAUUAAUUUAUAUCAAAAUUUUAAUUAAAAAAAGGUUUACCUUCAGAACAUUUAGUAGAAUUAAGAUCAAUUAAAAUAGAUGGUUAAUUUGAAGAUAUUUCAUGGCCUGAUUUAGGUGAUCUAUAAUUAAAUGGAAAAAAGAUUUAAGAAUUUAGACCAUUAGCUCAUAAUAGUUCUUUAAAGAAAAGAAAAGAUGAAAAACUUGAGCUUAAAUUAGAAUUAGGGCAAAUGAAUUUAUUAACUAUUAGAGAAUAAAAUUAAACACCUGAAUUGAAAGCUUAUAGAAUAAAUUAAGGAAUUCCAUAUAUGUUAGGAAUAUUUUAAGUAAGAAUUUAUAAAUUGAGUGAAUUUAUCAAAAAAAUAAAAAUGGAUCAAAAUUGUUUAUUAGGAAUAGAAUAAAGCAAGAAAUUUAUUUAAUUAUCUAUCUUAUAAAAUUAAUUUGAUGAAGUGACAAUGGAGAGUAUAAAGGUUAGUUUGGAUUGUGUCUAUGAUCUAAAUUAAAUCUAGACUCCAGCAAGAGGCAAUAUUUGUGAACAUAUUUAGUGUUUUUCAUUAGAAAAUUUAGUAACUAUGAUGAAGAAUGUUACUCCUAGAAAAUGGAAAUGUCCAAUAUGUAAAUAGAUGAUACUUGGAUUAUAAAUUGAUGCAUAUUAAAUGUGCAUACUAACAAUAAUCAAGUAAUUUAACCUGAAAAUUAAUGAAGUCUCAUUUAAUUAGUUUGUAAACAGACUGCUUAAUUCUUUUAGGGUGAAGUGGAAAAUCCUGAAUUGAGAGAACUAUUGAAAUAACAAGAAUCCAUUCUUCCAGAUUCCACUCGUAGCAAUAAUAAUCGAAUUAUAUAAUUAGAGUAGAUUUCAUAGCGUAUUUUAAAAAUCUCCAAUCAAGUAGUAGCAUAAUCUCAAAUUAAAUAAUAUAAGUCACAUCCUCCUUCAUUACCAGAACCAAAACCCAUUAAAAAAAUAGGAAAUUCAUUUUCUGAUGCUAUUCUCAUUGAUUGA